AUGUUGGCUCGAGCACCGACGAUCGACACGCGGCCCGCCAGCGCAGCACCAACAGUCGAUCUUAUAGCGGGCAAUGAGUUUCUCAAGUUGCUUUUCGAACGUGAUGAAUCGCAGCGCGAACUGCACAGCGGUGAGCACGACGAUGCCAACGAACGAGUGGUGCGCGGACUGCAGGCACGUAGCGACAGCAGCAGCAGCAGCGGCAGAGGGGCUGCUGGCGAAAGGCGAGUGACGCGCGCCGAUCAUUACCAAUCGACAGGCGAUGCCACCACGCAGUCAAGUGAUUUGGGUAAUAGAGGCGCGGCGGCGCGUAGUCUUGGUUAUAAGAGUCGUAAUGUGCAGAACGAAGCGACAGCGACGACGACGGCGAAGACAACGCGAGCGAGCGAGGAGGGCAAACAAGUGGUAAAGUUGGUGACAUCAGGCAGUAAAAUUGUGUUCCUCGAAGAAUACGACGACAAUGACGCCAUUGUGGAUGCAGUGGCGCGUGACAUUGAUCUAAAAAAAGAAAUAACACAAACACACAGUAAACAGACAUCAAAGCCAACAGCGACGGAACAAGUGCACAUGCAUGUUGAAGCAAAUCCUAGCGACGAAGUCAAGGUAGUGGCGGUGAGCGUGUCAUCAUCGAGCAAACGUGGUGGCCAAAGUCGCACAACAACAAACAAUCAAUAUCACAUAGCUGACACAGAUAUGUCAAAACAGAGCAAUAUAUUCACCGAGACACGUGCGUCAAUGCCACACACAGACAACAUGCGACAGCCGCACAAGCAAACACCACAUGACAACAGCGCUGACAAAAACCAGAGCGCUGACAACAUGUCCGCCAUGACGGCAACAGCGACCACAACAGCGCCAACUGCGCCGAUAACUGCAUCGGCGGCUACCUCAACGAUGGAUGACUUUGUGAAUCGCUCACACAAAAGUGAAUUCUCCAUUGAGGAAGCCGAACCGUUGACAAUGUCGCCACAAAAAUUGCGCGGCGCACCGCAUGCAGCACGCGCUAAUAGUCCACGCUCUCUGCACACGCCACAUGCCGUGAGUGGACGUGCCGUUAAAAUGGCUGCCAACCUGGAUGUGGUCGACUCGGAGAAUAGCGCUUCGACCAAUAUACAAAACGUAUUGGCAGCGCCACUGACGCAGUCCGCUUCCACACGCACCGCUACUGUGAACGCACCAGCUGCAUAUCAGAGUGGCGCGAACAAACGUAAUGGCACGUCCGCGCCCAUAAAUCACAGCCUGGCAAAUACAGCGCGUUCACAUAUCAACACGCAAAUUAGCGGUGCUGAUGACAUGAGCGUUGCUGUUAUGCGCGACACGUCCGCAGCGGUGGCGCACGUUGAUGCCGCCAACGCUGAUAUGGAUGAGAAAUUGUUGCCCUUCCAAACGGUGAUCUAUCACAAUACCAAGGAAGGACAUGGCCCGCAGUCCCGCUCAAUAUCAUACAGUUCGUUGUCACAGAAUGUGGAAGAUUUGCAUGCGUGGCGGCACUCGGGUAUUUUGGCCGAAGCGCAGCGCAAUGUAAGCGAGAGUUUAAAACCCUUACAACGUGCACAAUUGGCGCACAAUUCAGAGCCGGCGAAGUUUUAUUCGGUGCCAUCGAAAAUGUACAGCGAACCGUCGAAGUUUUACUCCGAACCAGCUAAAGUAUAUUCUGAGCCGUCUAAAGUUUAUGGCGAGCCCGAGAAGUUUUAUUCCGAACCCGCUAAAGUAUAUGGUCAACCAUCUAAGUUUUACUCCGAACCAGCGAAGGUAUACUCACAGCCUGCCAAAGUCUAUGGUGAACCGGCGAAAACUUAUUGGUCGCCAAGCGCCGCUGGUGCUGCCGUAACGGCUUCGCCGUCUACGUCAAGCUCUACAAGCAGCACAACUACAACCUCAACCACGACUACACGCCCUGGGCGUUAUAUGCCCUCACGCCGACCCGCCAUUGUGUCACGCAUCGCUUUCGGUGAGGCGCAAACCUCAACAACAGCGCCCCCACAGCUUUCAGAUGAACACCCACCAGUCACAAUAUCGUCAAUAUCCACUAACCAGCAUCAACAGCAACACCACACGCAUCACACACGUUUCCACUCGCAUGCGCAUAGCCAUAGUCACAGUCACGGUGCGCAUAGUUCGCAUAGUGCACAUGAUUCACAUAGUCCGGUGCAUGUACUCGCGCAUACUCAAGCCAACAGUCAGUCUAACGCCGACACAGCCGCGCAACCUGCUCAAUCGCAGUCACUAUCACAGUCACAUGCGGCACAAUCGCAACCACGUCGGGUACUCUUCAACUUGGAUAAAUUGCCGUAUGAUUUAUUGAAUGCGCCGCAAUCACCGCAACAUCUCUUGGAUCCCGACUUCUCGCACAGUCCACCGGCGGCUGUUACCUACUCAUCGCCUCGGCAACGCCAAUGCUUGGAGUCCGCCUUUUCGGCGUCGUUGUCUCAAUCAGCUUUGCAACAGCAGCAGCAGCAGCAACGUCAGUAUUCGUCAUUGUCGGACCAACAUUCUAAUCAAAAUGCCAAAGGAUUGCCUAAUCGAGAUCUAGUCAAGUGUGUUUCCAAAUACAACCAACCAUUAGCCCCAUCAACGGCGACAACAGAGCGCAGCUACAAUGGCGACGACGACAAUAACGACAACGACGACAGCAGCGGCGGCUUGUAUACGCCGACCCCAGAGCAAAAUUACGAAAUUGAAGAGUCCGUAAGUGUUAUGACAAACGGACGAGCCCACGGUAUACAAGGCAAUGCGGCGGUAACUACAACGGCCAGACCAUCAUUUGCACUGCGCACCACGAAAUUCCCCAGUCGCGGUGCGAUACACCAUCAACAACAACAGCACCAACAACAACAUCACUACCACGGCAACGCCAACACAAAUGCCAAUAUAGACAACAACUAUGAUGAUAAUGUGGCGCAGGUUGGUGGUUUGGAUGGCGGCAGCGAUGACGAUGGCAUUGCUGGGGAUGGCAGUAAAACCGGCGAGGGCGGCGACGACGACGAUGCCAAGGUGGCGUAUGUGGUCGAGGGACGCAACUAUCGCAAGUAUCGCGUGGAGGAGAAGACCGACGACGGUUUCAUUGUUGGCGAGUACGGUGUGGUGGACCAUAAUGAUGGUAAUUUACGUGGCGUACGUUACACCGCCGAUUCGACCAUCAAUCGCAGUCUGAUACAAAAGGCGUUGUUGACAUUUCUUAAGCUCAAGUAG